CCAAAAACACGAUUAUAUAAACAGCAUUUUAGAAAUAAAAAAAAUCCUGCAUUUCCUUUUAUAUUAACCAUGCGGUUCAUAACUGUGAAGAUUCUAAACUAAUCUUACUUAUAAAACAUACUUAAAUUAUACUACGAACUAAAACUAUACAAUUUAAUAUUUGGGAAAGUACAUGGGCUGCAUCUACAAAAUAAAUAUAAAGAAGAACAUAAGAGAAUGAUCGAUUUAAGAUCCGAGUUUCAUUUUACAAUAAUCUGAAAGAAGUCUAUUCAUAAUUUUUAUACAAGCUGUAAAAGUUUCCCAUCUUUUUCUGUUUUUUUUUUGUUUCAUAAAAAUAGCAUUUUUGUGUGUUUUAAUGUAACUUUACUACUUCUGUAUCUACAUAUAUAAAUUUAUUAAAUGUAUAUUAUAUAUUAAAGUAUGAUUAUUUUUAUUAUUAAAAUAUGUGAAAACUCAAAACUAACUUCUUCGUGAAACAUUGAGAAACAUAUGCACUAUAAGAAUUCACUUGCGAAUACUCAAGACUUGUCUUGGAACAUGUCAAUCUCUAUAUUGACUUGUGCAUUUACUAUCUAAAUCAUAAGAAUCAUAGUUAAUAGAAAAAAUAUUUGAUUUCGUUAUAUGUGUGUUUAAUGACUAAAUUGUUUCUAAAUGAUGUUUUUCUCUUUUAAAGAAGUCACCACCUAAAAAAGCCAAUAUAGUUAGCCUGUUUAAACUGUUAAUUUCAACACAAUUCUACUCACAAGCUUAUUACAAAAACUAAUUAUCAUGUUAUCUCUCCUAAAAAAAUAAUUGUUUUGGCUUAAUAAAAAGUGGUUUAGCGUCUAAACAUAUAGAAAACCAAAAUACCAUCAAGACUCUAGAAAUUGGAAGAUUGCAUGCCCAUGGUUUCAAGAGGGAGAGAGAGAGAGAUAGAUAGAUAGAGAGAGAUAGCUAUUUGUCUUAGACGGGAUAUUAUUUGAAAACAAUAGUAUUGAAGCAUAACAAAAACGGUAAGACUAUAAACUCGUCUGAUCAGUUUUGUCAUGACUUAAAAACCCAACUAGUUAUUUGUUUUUAAUGUUGUUUGUCUCAUCGGUUUCAGCUUUGUUUUACUUUUGAAAACAGGUAACUGAAUUUAGUAUAAAAGUCCAAAGAUGUUUCUUAACCUUCUUUCCAUUCAAUAUAAAUUGUCAAAGGAUUGUACUAUCUGCUCAUCAAUCAAAACACAGACUCGAUAAAGACUCAUAUAUUUGGAAAAAUCUUUCUUCUUCUUUUUUCCUCGUCUCAUAAUGUCUAUUAAAUAUGUUUUUUUCUUUAUGGUGUUUGUCUGUGUUGUAGUCUCUGCCAAUGCUCAACUACCCCAGUUUCCCAUCCCAUUUCCUUUUCCACUCCCAUUCCAACCAAGUCCCGGUAUUCCCGGAUUACCUGAUGUAGCAAAAUGUUGGUCUUCAGUGAUGGAUAUUCCAGGAUGCAUUAUAGAGAUUUACACAUCCAUACUCACAGGACAAUUCGGACAUGUAGGUCCUUCUUGUUGCAAAGCAUUUUUGGAAGCCGAAGCCAAUUGCUUACCGAAACUUCCAUUCAACCCACUUUUUCCACUCAAAGAACAAUGUUCAAGAAUUGCUAAAGCAGCUCCUCCUACCACAAAAUAGAGUUUUACAUUAAUAGAAGUAAUAGCUAUGUCGUUUUUAUUUUUCAAGGGAUUUUAACAUUUUAGCUAAAUUCUACGACGUUAUCCUCCAAAAAUACGAUUAUAUAAACAACAUUUUAGAAAUAAAAAAAAUCCUGCAUUUCCUUUUAUAUUAACCAUGCGGUUCAUGACUGUGAAGAUUCUAAACUAAUCUUACUUAUAAAACAUACUUAAAUUAUACUACGAACUAAAACUAUACAAUUUAAUAUUUGGGAAAGUACAGGGGCUGCAUCUACAAAAUAAAUA